UAGCGCGUGAAAUUCACCAGCAUCACAAGCGAAUUCAGCUGUGAAGACGGCGAGGCGUUGGAACUGUCCUAAAUCACUUUUGUCCGUAAGAUCAGAAGCAACCAGGGCGGCAAGCUGUCAGCCAAGUCAUGCUAUCUUAAGCGAUUUCCUCGUUCAGCUUAACCUCCAUUCGUCAAACAACCCAUUUUUCAAACAGGUAAAAAACUGACAUGGCCACGUUUGCAUUAAAGCUCCUCUUGUUUAUUACAUUGGUUAUCGUUGCUGCCCGUGGAUCAAGUACUUGUCCAGUAUCGUGCAACUGUACUACGACAAACUACAAACAAGUCUCGGUCGACUGCCGAGACCAUGGUCUUUCCGAGAUCCCAAGCGUGCUUCCAGACAACACAACAAGCUUAGACCUACGAUUUAAUCCUGUAAAAUGUGACUGCAAAUUCUACCAUCGCUGGAAAAAACUCAGAACGAAAGGAAUAGCCUUACAAGGGAAAUGCUCCAUUUCACCAGAGCAAGAUGGCCCAGACUUUAAGGAUCUCACCAAUGAUUAUUUCAAGUGUGGAGGCUCAUCUGUGUCCAGUUCAGUCACAGCCAUUGUAACUCAACCCCAGUCAGUUAUACAAAAUGUCAUUGUGACCUCGUCACCCCAGCCCGUCGCUGGUUCAAUAACGCCAUCGAAAACAAUGUUUGCAGUACAAUCAUCUUCCAGCCAAGAUGUAUGGAACGUUGAUCGUUUGGAAUUCUCUCCGACAAGUUCCAUUUUCAAGCCCUCCGCGGUCACCACCACACCUGGAAAUCUUGGGAAAAGUUCUGCCUCCAUCAUCCAGACUGGCAAACUACAACCAGCACGUGCUGAAUCGGAUGCGACUUCGUCACCAACUCGUUCCGUCUCCAGUAACUGGGUCACUGUUACUACUCAACCCACAACACACGGACCUCCAAUUAUUAUCAAAUUUGAGGGCCAGCCAAAGGUGACUCUCGGCCAGACAGUUGAAGUCAAAUGUAUCGCCACAGGCAACCCACCUCCAAAAGUUCAAAUGAAGUUCAAUGACCAGCUUGCUCAGGACGUAAAUGGAGUGAAAGUGACAUCAAGUGAGUCAGAAAGAACAAUCCAAUUCAAAGCGGAGAUAAACUCAACAGUUCACUGUGAGGCAACGAACGAGGUUGGACGAGAUAAACGCAAAAUGAAGAUUGCCGUAGAUCAAACUGGAGCAAAUUACAUCCUGUUCAGAGUGGAGUUAACGAGUCAAGAAUUUCACAACAACAUGAACAACAAGGAUUCGAAGGAAUUCCAAGAUCUGGCCCGGAGAAUUAAGUCAGAAGUGCAGUUUGCGAUGAACGAUGUUCCAGGUUUCCUUGGCGCUAACCUAAUGAGGCUUUGGCCAGGAUCAGGAAAAGCAGAUAUUUUGAUAAAAACAUUCCAAGACACAGGUGACUCUGUAGAGAAAGCGCUGAAGGAAGAAGUCAAAGAUGCAAAACUUGGGAACGUAGCCGUGGACCGCUACUUAUACUCAAUUGAGCAGAGUAAAGCGUGCCCAUCUGUCUUUGAGAAUGUUACAUGGAAUGACGUAGUUUACGGAGAUGUUGACGUACAGCCCUGUCCCAGGGGAGCCAAAGGUUUCGCCAAACGGAACUGUUCAUCGGCGGGGAACUGGUACUACCCCGACUACACCAACUGUAAAAGUGACGGUUUUGACUAUCUGAGAGAUCAGAUUAAAGAGUUCUCGGCUAAUACUUCUAACAGAGACGACACAGAGAAGAGUAUCCUAAAAAGUUUGCAACAACUUUUUACGCUCUUAAAACCACACGACGAUUUCGCAGUGCUGGCGGGAGACGCUGAUACAAGCGCGGAAAUGUUAGAAAUAAUUGUAAACUAUCUAGCAAAAGAAAACAAAGAUGUUGCUCACAGUAAAGAUGAAAUUAAGCAUGUCAUUGACGUGGCAAACCAUAUUCUUCACUGGCAUAACGAGCAGGAAUUAAUAAUGGCUCAAAAGUAUUUGCAGACCGCAUCAAAAUUCAUCAGAGUUCUUGAGAAAUAUGGCCUUCAGGCUGCAAAGGUGGCUUCAGUUGGUGAAGUUAGAAAUCUUGCAAUAUUGAUAACUGAGCAUGUUGUUAUGGGUGCUGGAGUUGCCGAUCCUGAACGAAUCUCAAAAGACGUUAUUUUUCCAAACUACAACUGGCCAGAUUUAGGAAAGAUCAAACAACAAUGGAACAUAACAACGUUUGUAGUAUUAAGUCAGCAAAUGAUUAAAAGCAUUAAAGUCGGAGAUGAUGGAAUACGAAUUGCUGGAUUUCUAUUCAAAACUCUGAGACGAGUUCUUUCUUUUGAAAGUGCGUUCAGUGACAAAGGACAAGCGUUUGAAAUCAACUCGGUUGUGAUUUCUGCCGCUACUGACCCAAAACCGACGGAAAAACUCACUGAGCCCGUCAUUAUCGCCUCCACUAACCUGGAAGAAGUUGAUCUUGACGGUGCUGAACCGAUUUGUGCAUUUUGGGAUUUUAAGAUGAAUGCGCCCCACGGAGGUUGGUCUGAUGAGGGUUGUAAUACUUCUUCAUACAAUCGUAUGCAAACAACUUGCCAGUGUGAUCACAUGACCAAUUUCGCAGUGUUACAGAAAAAACCGCUGGCUGCCUCCUUCCAAAGGGGAUUUCCUAACCCAAUUGGUGAUUUCAUCCAUUGUAUUUACAUCGCUUGUUGGAUUAUAAUCGCGUUUGCGGCGAUAACGUUUUUGAUCCUCCUGGUUUUAAGCCCCUGGCUGAAGCCUGACCGUACAUGGGCAAUGCAUAUGUGUGUCUGUGCAUCUGUGAUUGUAACCUUCGUGUUACUCAUGCUUGGCCUGGCAUCCUAUAAUAAUGUGGGGCUGUGUAACCUCUUCUCCUUCUUGGUUCAUUAUUUUUACCUGUGCACAUUUUCUUGGAUUCUUGCUGAAAGUGUUUACAUGAGAACUUGGGAUACUAACUACGGACCAAAGAAGAAAUACUGGAUUGGAUACUUCCUUCUCGGCUGGGGUCUGCCUGGUAUUCCGAUGCUUAUCACGUGGUUUAUAAAUAAGAUGGCCGGUUUUGAUAGCUUCCUUUCGUGCUGGUUGUCAAUAUAUCCCAACCCCAACCCUUUGGUGUGGGUAUUCUUUGCACCAGCUUUAGUGUUCUUCCUGGUGAGCUGUUGCAUUUUGGUAAGAGUGUGGAGAGCUGUGACUGGAUCACCGAGACAGAGGCUAAAAGCAGAUUAUCCAAAAACACGAUUCAGAGUCCAUGUACGUUAUUGUAUCAUCCUGAUGAUUAUGUUUCUAAUGACCUGGUUGGUUGGCAUUCUUCUCAUCCAGUUUUACUGGAAGGCGUUGCUGUGUAUUCUGUUUAUCAUUUGCUGUAUCAUUACGGGUUUGAUGAUACUGUUGUUUUAUGUGGUCAUGGACCGUCAGGUCCGCGAUGCCUUUAGGCAGUGCUGUUGUUACUGCAAACGAGGUCGACAAGGGAGCUACUGGGUUCAAGGAGAUGACGUUUGGAUCCAAAAGCAACAAGAGCAGCGCGAGCAUCGACAGCCAGAUACGGAAUGUUUAGUUGUUGACGCAGGAGAAGAACCAGACCAUGAAAAUGAAGAAAAGAAACAAGAGCACGAAGAACCUCUCUUGAGACCAGAAGUCGGGUCUGUAUUGAAGGAAAGGCCGUUGUUAGAGUCUUCCGAGGAUAGCUUUGAUCCUUUGUAUGAGAGCGUUAAGCGGCCUAUUAGGGUUGACGUUCGGCCAGUCCAGCCCAAAGAGCAGGUAGAAACAGAGCCUAUUUAUGCUAAGGUCGAUUUAAGUAAGAAGCAAAAACCUCUCAGGCAUCCUGAAUCAGAUAGUGACGAUGACGAUUUAACUCCAGAAGAAAGGGAAGCACGAGGAAUUCGAGGAUUGACACGGGAGCAAGUAAUCCGCAUGGCGAAAAAAUCAGACGCCUCAAAAAGAGUCCUUAGAACUUACGAAAGUCCGACAGGAAGCACCGAGGUCCUGGACCCAAAUCGGCCAGUGUACUUAUUAAAUCAGCAGGAACUUGAUGAAGAACUCAAACACUUUCGAUUAUUCUUCGCACAAAACACGCCAGCUUCAACAAGUACACAUAGAACGGAAGAAACCGAGAUCAGCAGCAGUUUUGUUAGGAAGGAGACAUCCACCACAGUGUCAAACACCCAAUUUUCGUCCUUCUCGUCGGUUAAAGAAGAAAGAAGUUACUUUCAACGAGGAUAUGACAAAGACGAGGGCCCUAAAAGUUCAACGACCAAAACAGUCAUGAGCCAAGAGAGUUCUUCAGUAAAAACCGGUGUGAACGUCAAAAAAACAUCUGCAUCGAAAAAGGGGGAUACGGCAGCACUGAUUUUAGAGGAAACAGCGAUUGAUUCUUCUUUAGAAGAACUUGACAGAAAGAAUGAUAAUGAGAACAAUAAAACUGACCCGUCAAGCAAACCUACAGCUGUGUAGAGUGGCAAUGAUACUGACGACCUACGUUCAAGUUUGUUGAGUUACUUUACUUCACAGCAUCAGCAGGAUGUUACAACGGGGGACAACUGGCGUGAAUUAUAUGAUGCACUUAAAGAGUGAAUUUGUAGCAUCGCACCAUUUUAGAAGCACUCAGUAAAAUUAGAUAUCAAACAAGCUAAAAAUGUGAAAGGUUAAAUAGUUCAUGUAUGAUGAGAAUGUUAUUUCGCUGUUAAAAUUCACAGUUGGUGUGCUUUAAUCACAGGAAAAUUUGUAACAACAACAUAACAUGCCCAAUUACCUUUUUCUUGCGCUUCAAGUGCUAUCUUUUUAUGACAAACUUUUGUAUUUUCAUAUUUUUCAUACCAUUGAUCCAUUUUAAACCAUUAGCUCAGUAAUCCGAGCUUAAAGAAUGCUCUCACCGCUCAUCAGUACAAAUAUUCUUUAUCAAAAGUAAAAGUUAAUAAUAAGCCCAUCUCAACAUCAACAAAUGAAUACAACAUAAAAAUAACAAUUACCACAACAAGCAAAUAUGCUUAGUUUUAGGUUAUUAGGUGUUUCAGUUUAUGAAUUUUGAAUUUGUACUUGUUAGUACUGUUACAGUUUUCCUGUUCCUUUUAGGUUCAUCAGUAUUAUUGCUUAUCCAUUAACAUGGCUGCAAUUUAUGGUUCACUGUUUGUAAAUUUACUGAUCUUAGUUCAUGACAUACACUCAAGGUGUCAUUUUAAGAAUUCAGAUAGCUAGGAAUACAUUCACUAUGUGUUAUGAGUUAUGUGUUUCAUUUUGUUUUUUAUAUCUUAACCUGUUUUAUCAUAUAAACCAGGUUCUAAUCUAUGGUAACCUUGUCUACAAAUCCCUGGAUAAGGUUGCUUGAAAUAAAUAAAUUUCACAGUUUAGUCAAUUUCUGAAAAGUCUAUACCUAGGGCUCACAGACAGGAGCAUGUAGAGAAUGUUUUGAGCAGAGAGCUGCUUCAUCAGGGAAGUUUUUCAAAGAAUAUCCGUGUGGUAGAAAACAUGGAGAAUUUGUUUUGUUCAUAUAAUCAUUUCUAAGCUCUUUAUCAGGAUGAUGUGCACAAGUUUUGUAAACAUUUACCCUCGGACUUUGAAUAUUCUUAGAUGCCGAUUUAGUCAAUCGUAAAAAUAGUUUGUGUGUAGUUAGGAGGAAAUAAGUCUAUUAAAAGACUCAUGGACAUGGACA